UUUUGCCAAGUGAAAGGUAAAGAUUUAUGGGGUAAAUAUGAAAAUUGGUUAAAUUUAUAACGAAAACUCUGUAAUUCUGUCCCAUCAUCGUCACCGCCAAAAUUCAAACCCGAAUGACCUUCUUCUUCCCCCUUACCGACCUAUUUACCGCCCAAACCAUCCGUUAUUACACAUCUGCUGCUGUGCUCGACUCGCCUUUCAAUCUCCUCCAUUUCCUCCAUCUCUCAGCCACCCAUGAAUCUCUCCGACUCACCAAGCAAGCCCACGCUCGAGUACUCUCACUGGGGCUCACUCAAAAUCCGUUUUUAGCCUCGAAGCUCCUUUCUUUAUAUGCCUUUUUUGGCCACCUAAUUGAGUCAAGUGUCGUUUUUGACUCAGUUAAAGAAAAGAAUAUUUGUCUUUGGAACUCGAUGAUCAAUGGGUAUCUCAAAAGUUACUCGUUUAUUGAAGCUUUUGAUUUGUUUUGUGAAAUGGGCCAUUAUAAUGCAAAGCCAGAUGAUUUUACAUUGGCAACUGUUUCGAAAGUUGCCGGUGAAAUCGGGGACUUGAAAGUGGGGAAUUUGGUUCAUUGUAAAAGUAUUAAAACUGGGUUUGUUUUGGAUGUUGUUGUUUCCAAUUCUUUGAUUUCAAUGUACGGAAAAUGUGGAGAAUUUGAAGGGAUGAAAAAAGUGUUCGACGAAAUGUUUGAAACAAAUGUGGGGUCUUGGAAUGCAUUGAUUUCGGGAUGCGAUGCUGGGGAUUGCAGAUUGGGAAAGGCUUUGUGGGAAGUUGUUAAAAAUAUGCAAAUUGAAGGAGUGAAACUUAAUGGAUUCACAAUUUCUAGUCUUUUGCCUUUGAGUGGCAGUGAGGAGGUUUCUAGGAGAUGCGAUUAUGGGAGGGAACUUCAUUGUUAUAUUUUGAAGAAUGAACUGGAUUCGGCUUUUGGUUCUGAUGUUCAUUUGGGUUGUUGUUUGAUCGAUAUGUAUUCAAGGAAUAGUAAAGUUUUGAUGGGUAGAAAUGUUUUUGAUAGGAUGAGGUUUAGAAAUGUUUAUGCUUGGACAGCAAUGAUCAAUGGGUACGUUGAUAAUGGAGAUUUUGAUGAAGCGCUGGUUCUUUUCCAGGAAAUGCAGUUGCGUGAUGGAAUAGAACCCAAUAAAGUCUCUCUUGUGAGUGUUCUUCCUGCUUGUAGCUCCUAUGCUGGUUUGAUGGCUGGAAAACAGAUUCAUGGUUAUGCAAUUAGAAAGGAGAUGAGUCAUGAUGUGGCCUUGUGUAAUGCGUUGAUUGAUAUGUAUUCAAAAUGUGGGAGCUUGAAUUGUGCUAAACAAGUUUUUGAGAAUGGUUUGUUCUGUAAAGAUUCUGUAUCGUGGAGUUCGAUGAUUUGUGCAUAUGGCUUACACGGAAAGGGUGAAGAAGCCAUAUGUCUGUUUGACCAGAUGCUUUUGCUUGGUGUUAAACCAGACAUGAUAACAGUGGUAGGGGUGCUUUCUGCUUGCGGAAGGUCGGGAUUGGUAAACAAAGGUCUUAGUAUUUAUAAGUCAAUAACAAAUGACUAUGGGAUGAAGCCAACAGUUGAGAUCUGUGCUUGUGUUGGCAUGCUAGGUCGAUCAGGGCAGCUUGAACGAGCAUUAGAUUUUAUCAAAACAAUGCCUGUUGAACCUGGGCCAAGUGUUUGGGGGGCUCUUGUUAGUGCUUCCGUAAUGCAUGGGAAUCUUGAGAUGCAAGACCUUGCCUACAGGUUUCUCAUUCAGUUAGAACCUGAAAAUCCUUCAAACUAUGUCUCACUUUCAAAUUUACAUGCUUCUUCUAAACGAUGGGAUGCUGUGGCGGGAUUAAGAAAAAUGAUGAAGGAAAGGGGUUUGAGGAAGGCACCUGGGUGCAGCUGGAUUAGCAUUAAUGGCAAGACUCAUUGCUUUUUUGUGGCAGAUAAAGCACAUCCUCAUUCCAGUUCGAUUUAUGAGAUACUAGAUGACCUCAUCUUUAUAAUGAAGGGAGCCGGUUAUCCUACUGAUUUUGAAGAGUUGACACAGAUCUCUAGUUAUUAAUUGUUGAUAGUCUCUCUGUGAUUCUCUUGGCAACUGGAGGCAUCACAUGAGUUGUAUUGUACUGUAGACAUGAUUCGGGCAAUCAUGAUCAAUGAGUUUAUCACCUAAUCCGUAGAAAAAUCUAACUCUUUCAGGUUGGUUUUAUCGCGUAUUAAAUUUUGUAAUUACUAUUUUUCUUUAAC